UCGUAUACCACCCUCACUUCAACUUUCAACACAACACAAGAACAUUCCGCAAGAUGUUGAAACUUAUACUAAGCUUGGCAUGCUUAGCAUACAUCUCAGCAGCAUACUCCAACAUUGAUCCCAUCAUAAAUAUCAGAAGGCAAGGUUUUGAUCAAGAUCCAAAAACCUUUUCUCAUGAAGUUAUUGCACCAUGGAUGAGAUCAUUUAAACCAGGCUAUUGCGAUUCGUGGGAAUGGCACACGGAAGCAAGAUACAAGGAGCAAAGACUAAAGAUCUGCAAAGAACUGAGUGGACAGCGUAAACACGAAUGUGACUCAGCCAAUGGAUACUGCCGCGAUAAAUGUCCUUUCACAAACGGUAGCUAUCCAUUCUGGAGAAUUCGAAACGCUGAUAAUGUUCCCUUCCUGUGGACGGUCCGAACACUUCAAAUGUUUGACUCACCAAACGCACGGUACCCACUUCAUAACGACCCUACUAAAGGAUACGCAAGUACAUUUUUCGGUCCCGGAUAUUACGCAAGCAAUGCUUUUGAUAACAACCCCGACAGUAUCUGGGUAUCAAACGGAGUGUCCAGUCCAGGAUUAAAUUGGAUUGCAUACGAAUUCUCCUCCCCAGUGAAGAUUAACAGCGUUCGUAUCACAGGAGAAGCCGACCAUCAAGAUCGUACACCAGGCAUGUGGUAUGUUGAAGCUUCAUGCGAGAAAUAUUUUAAAACCUACUCGACUCAAUGGAUUAUCGAGAACCACGAUCACCAAACCGACAAACGUUGGAAUAGACCAAGACAACAAAGAUGGCGUUAAAAUUCCCGCGAUUUUAGACUCUAUGUACUUUGCUUAUUAGGAUUUUCUCAUUUUUCAUGUAAUGUAGGUAUUAAAAUUUUCUGCAAAUAAUCUCCAAAAGAGA